AUGUCUGUGCUUAUUACAGGUGCUAAUGGAUUUAUUGCUUCCCACAUUGUCGACAUCCUGCUAGACUCGGGUUAUACCGUCAUUGGUACUGUCAGAUCUGAGUCCAAGUUCGAGCCACUUUUUGGGGAAUUCAAGAAAAAAUACCCUAACGCUAACCUCUCCUACGAGGUUGUAACUGACAUCACUGCUGAGGGCGCCUUUGACGACUUACUGAAGAAGCACCCCGAGAUCAAAUACGUGCUCCACACUGCCUCUCCAUUCUCCUUCGGCCAUGACAAGUCAUUUGAGGAGAUCUACUUCAAGCCGGCUAUUGAGGGCACUAAAAACGUUUUGAAGUCAGUCAAGAAGUACGCUCCUCAAGUCACCAACGUUGUCGUCACCUCCUCUCAUGCAGCAAUCAUGACAAUCACCUCCGAAUACUUCAAAUACACAAACCGGGACUGGAAUCCAAUAAAACUCGAGGAAUGCAAAAACGAGUUCGAGGCCUACUGCGCCUCCAAGACUUACGCCGAGAGAACUGCGUGGGAGUUUGUCAACCACGAGAAGCCAAACUUCAAGCUCACAACCGUCUGUCCACCCUACGUCUUUGGUCCACAAGUUUUCGACUCUGCGGUCACCAAGACUUUGAACACAUCCAAUGAACUGAUCAACAAUAUCGUCAAGACACCACCAACCGACGAGCUGGUCAGCCAGCCUGCCGGUUUGGGAAUUGAUGUCAGAGACGUUGCUAAGUUCCAUCAAUUAGCCUUUGAGAAAGAGUCGGCUGUCGGAACUCGUCUGUUUAUUGCGGCCGGCCACUUCACCGGACAGACCAUCCUUAACAUUCUCAACAAGCAUUUCCCAGAAGAGAAGCUUGCUGUUGGUGCUCCAGACAAGGAUAACGCCACCGAACUGAGCGGCUACAGUAUCGAGAACGUGAUCGAGUCCGUCGGCGGCUACGAGUUCAUCUCAUUGGAAAAAUCGAUUGUUGACGCUGCAUCCCAGUACCUGAAGAAGUUCGGCAGCUUCAAACAGGCAGAAUAG